GGCUGCUGGAGGACGCGUGGACGCAUAAGAGCCACAAAUCACGCGCGCGCUGCUUUUUACGCCUUUUUUCCUCCUCCACGGCCGAACGUAUAGAAAGAAGCCCACCCAAAAAACGGACUUGUCAACAAAUGAGCUCUUAUUUUGUCAACUCAUUCUGCGGUCGCUACCCAAAUGGCGCGGACUUCCACGUACAUAAUUAUGGCGAGCAGAGUUCGGCGGAGGAGCAGUACCGGGACUCCGCGGCCAUGCACUCCGGCCGCUACGGCUACGGCUACAACGGGAUGGACCUAACGGUCGGCCGGGCCGGGAACGAACACUUUGUGGGCGGCGAGCGCACCGCGGCCGCCUUCUCCCCGCCCCCGGUGGAGCCGGGCAGGUACACGCAUUCCUCCGGCGCAUCCACCGGCGGCGCCUCGUCCCCUCCCGCUGACCCGCUGCCGGUGCCCAGCUCAACCCAAGCCACGGAGCCUCGCUCCCGCGGCGUGAAAAACUCACUCCCGAGUCCCUGCUCGAGCUCCGGGUUGAUGCACGGCGCGCCCAAGGGGGACGAGGAGAAGCCCGCCGGGAGCGCGCCCGGCACCCCGCAGAACGUCAGCGACACGGCGCAACCUCAGAUCUACCCGUGGAUGAGGAAACUGCACAUAAGUCACGAUCUCUCCGGGCCGGAGGGCAAGCGAGCGCGGACCGCCUACACCCGCUACCAGACCCUGGAGCUGGAGAAGGAGUUCCACUUCAACCGCUACCUGACCCGCCGGCGGCGGAUCGAGAUCGCGCACGCCCUGUGCCUCUCGGAGAGACAGAUCAAGAUCUGGUUCCAGAACCGCAGGAUGAAGUGGAAGAAGGACAACAAGCUGAAGAGCAUGAGCAUGGCGGCCGCAGGAGGAGGAGGAUACAGGCCUUGAGGGUGGAAAAUGAUUUCCACCCAAAAAAAAAAGAUUCCUCAUUCAAAGACUUGGGGGUGCUGCACCCAAACACCCCUUCUUUUCGUCGUGUUCUUCAAUGUACAGCUAGACUUAGAGGACUACAACAAAAUAAAUGUUUAACUUAUUCCCUUGCUCUUAAAAAGAACAACAAUAUAAUAACUCAUGUAAGUGUUUAGUCGUACUGGACUUGUGUAUCGUAUUUAUUGGUGAGGUAUAUGUACAGUGCAGCAGUGCCUUUUAUUGUUUUUAUAUAUUAUAUGUAUAUAUAUAUAUAUAUGAAUAUUUUAUGUUGAAAAAAA